AUGCUUUUCUUCCUAUCCACUCUUUCAUUCUCCCUGUCAGUGGCAUCCGCGUCACAUACCAUUCGUUUCUUCAAUUACUGUGGGUCCGGGACACCCUCCAUCGUCACUCAUAACUCCAAAACGAGCCUCAACAGCACAGGUACUUACUAUAGCGACAACGCCAACGACGGUACGAUCCAUACAUUCUUAGAUCAAGGCUCUUGUGGCGAUGACGAAGAGAAAUGCACAACGGUAAAUGUCGACCUGACUAUACCCGAGGCAUCUAUCUCCCAGUACGCUUCCUUCCGUCCAUCCAUUUUUCCCUUCUUAAAGACUACUCCCGCUACAGGACAAACAACUACUCCGUCCCUCUGUCUCUACAAUACUCCUGCGCCAACAACAGCACCUACUUCGCCCAAUGCUACACCGCCAACUGCGACCCCACGCCCAUAUCAUGCAGUUCCUUCAACGUACGACUCCCCCCUUCUGCCAUACCAUCCUAACAAUAACAACCGCCCUCCAACAGUCCCAACUCAUCAUAACAUUCUGCCCGUAAGUACCCCUCCCUUCCCCUCCCCACCCCUCCCCCCCCUCUAA